GGUGUCUGCCCUGCUCAGUGAAUGGAGAGAGCGAGUGCCGGCCAGCUCACCCGGCCGCCCCGUGCCCCAGCCGCAGCCGCCGCGCUCCCCAGCCCAGCCCCAAGCCGGACCUCCCCGGGCGCCACGCCCCAUUGCGCUCGCCUCAGGUCCCCAGCCCGGCCCGCGGGUCAGCGGGGCCAGGGGGCGCUCCGCACCUGGGCACUCCCAGCGAUGCGCAGCGGGGCAGCGCCGGCCCCGCCGAUGGAGCUGCUGUUGCUGCCGCUGCCGCCGCCGCCGCCGCCCGGCGCGCCCCGCUCCGCCCGCGCCCCGUGCGCCUGAGCGCCGAGCUCGCCCCUCCUCCUCGCCAACUCCGCCGCCCGCUCCCCAGGCCGCCCGCGCUCCCCGCGCGCCUCCUCGGGUUCCACGCGUCUUGCCCCGCAGAGGCAGCCUCCUCCGGGAGCGGGGCCCUGCACACCAUGGCCCCCGGGUGGGCAGGGGUCGGCGCCGCCGUGCGCGUCCGCCUGGCGCUGGCCUUGGCUCUGGCGAGCGUCCUGAGUGGGCCCCCAGCCGUCGCCUGCCCCACCAAGUGUACCUGCUCCGCCGCCAGCGUGGACUGCCACGGGCUGGGCCUCCGCGCGGUUCCUCGGGGCAUCCCCCGCAACGCUGAGCGCCUUGACCUGGACAGAAAUAAUAUCACCAGGAUCACCAAGAUGGACUUCGCUGGGCUCAAGAACCUCCGAGUCUUGCAUCUGGAAGACAACCAGGUCAGCGUCAUCGAGAGAGGCGCCUUCCAGGACCUGAAGCAGCUGGAGCGACUGCGCCUGAACAAGAAUAAGCUCCAAGUCCUUCCAGAAUUGCUUUUCCAGAGCACGCCGAAGCUCACCAGACUAGAUUUGAGUGAAAACCAGAUCCAGGGGAUCCCGAGGAAGGCGUUCCGCGGCAUCACUGAUGUGAAGAACCUGCAACUGGACAACAACCACAUCAGCUGCAUUGAAGAUGGAGCCUUCCGAGCGCUGCGCGAUUUGGAGAUCCUCACGCUCAACAACAACAACAUCAGUCGCAUCCUGGUCACCAGCUUCAACCACAUGCCGAAGAUCCGAACUCUGCGCCUCCACUCCAACCACCUGUACUGCGACUGCCACCUGGCCUGGCUCUCGGAUUGGCUGCGACAGCGACGGACAGUUGGCCAGUUCACACUCUGCAUGGCUCCUGUGCAUUUGAGGGGCUUCAACGUGGCGGAUGUGCAGAAGAAGGAGUAUGUGUGCCCAGCCCCCCACUCGGAGCCCCCAUCCUGCAAUGCCAACUCCAUCUCCUGCCCUUCGCCCUGCACGUGCAGCAAUAACAUCGUGGACUGUCGAGGAAAGGGCUUGAUGGAGAUUCCUGCCAACUUGCCGGAGGGCAUCGUCGAAAUACGCCUAGAACAGAACUCCAUCAAAGCCAUCCCUGCAGGAGCCUUCACCCAGUACAAGAAACUGAAGCGAAUAGACAUCAGCAAGAAUCAGAUAUCGGAUAUUGCUCCAGAUGCCUUCCAGGGCCUGAAAUCACUCACAUCGCUGGUCCUCUAUGGGAACAAGAUCACCGAGAUUGCCAAGGGACUGUUUGAUGGGCUGGUGUCCCUACAGCUGCUCCUCCUCAAUGCCAACAAGAUCAACUGCCUGCGGGUGAACACGUUUCAGGACCUGCAGAACCUCAACUUGCUCUCCCUGUAUGACAACAAGCUGCAGACCAUCAGCAAGGGGCUCUUUGCCCCUCUGCAGUCCAUCCAGACGCUCCACUUAGCCCAAAAUCCAUUUGUGUGCGACUGCCACUUGAAGUGGCUGGCCGACUACCUCCAGGACAACCCCAUUGAGACAAGCGGGGCCCGCUGCAGCAGCCCGCGCCGACUCGCCAACAAGCGCAUCAGCCAGAUCAAGAGCAAGAAGUUCCGCUGCUCAGGCUCCGAGGAUUACCGCAGCAGGUUCAGCAGCGAGUGCUUCAUGGACCUCGUGUGCCCCGAGAAGUGUCGCUGUGAGGGCACGAUCGUGGACUGCUCCAACCAGAAGCUGGCCCGCAUCCCAAGCCACCUCCCUGAAUAUGUCACCGACCUACGACUGAAUGACAAUGAGAUAUCUGUUCUGGAGGCCACUGGCAUCUUCAAGAAGUUGCCCAACCUGCGAAAAAUAAACCUGAGUAACAAUAAGAUCAAGGAGGUGCGAGAGGGAGCUUUCGAUGGAGCAGCCAGUAUGCAGGAGCUGAUGCUGACGGGGAACCAGCUGGAGACUGUGCACGGGCGUAUGUUCCGUGGCCUCAGUGGCCUCAAAACCUUGAUGCUUAGGAGUAACUUGAUCAGCUGUGUGAGUAAUGACACCUUUGCCGGCCUGAGUUCGGUGAGACUGCUGUCCCUCUAUGACAAUCGGAUCACCACCAUCACCCCUGGGGCCUUCACCACGCUCGUCUCCCUGUCCACCAUAAACCUCCUUUCCAACCCCUUCAACUGCAACUGCCACCUGGCCUGGCUCGGCAAGUGGUUGAGGAAGAGGCGGAUCGUCAGUGGGAACCCUAGGUGCCAGAAGCCGUUUUUCCUCAAGGAGAUUCCCAUCCAGGAUGUGGCCAUCCAGGACUUCACCUGUGACGGCAACGACGAGAGUAGCUGCCAGCUUAGCCCGCGCUGCCCGGAGCAGUGCACCUGUAUGGAGACAGUGGUGCGAUGCAGCAACAAGGGGCUCCGCGCCCUCCCCAAAGGCAUGCCCAAGGAUGUGACCGAGCUGUACCUGGAAGGAAAUCACCUAACAGCCGUGCCCAGAGAGCUGUCUGCCCUCCGACACCUGACGCUUAUUGACCUGAGCAACAACAGCAUCAGCAUGCUGACCAAUUACACCUUCAGUAACAUGUCUCACCUCUCCACUCUGAUCCUGAGCUACAACCGGCUGAGGUGCAUCCCCAUCCAUGCCUUCAACGGGCUGCGGUCCCUGCGAGUGCUAACCCUCCAUGGCAACGACAUUUCCAGCGUUCCUGAAGGCUCCUUCAACGACCUCCCAUCUCUUUCCCAUCUGGCACUGGGAACCAACCCACUCCACUGUGACUGCAGUCUUCGGUGGCUGUCGGAGUGGGUGAAGGCGGGCUACAAGGAGCCUGGCAUUGCCCGCUGCAGUAGCCCUGAGCCCAUGGCUGACAGGCUCCUGCUCACCACCCCAACCCACCGCUUCCAGUGCAAAGGGCCAGUGGACAUCAACAUUGUGGCCAAAUGCAAUGCCUGCCUCUCCAGCCCAUGCAAGAAUAAUGGGACAUGCACCCAGGACCCUGUGGAGCUGUACCGCUGUGCCUGCCCCUACAGCUACAAGGGCAAGGACUGCACUGUGCCCAUCAACACCUGCAUCCGGAACCCCUGUCAUCAUGGAGGCACCUGCCACCUGAGUGACAGCCACAAGGAUGGGUUCAGCUGCUCCUGCCCACUGGGCUUUGAGGGGCAGCGGUGUGAGAUCAACCCAGAUGACUGUGAGGACAACGACUGUGAAAACAAUGCCACCUGCGUGGACGGGAUCAACAACUACGUGUGUGUCUGCCCGCCUAACUACACAGGUGAGCUAUGCGACGAGGUGAUCGACCACUGUGUGCCUGAGCUGAACCUCUGUCAGCAUGAGGCCAAGUGCAUCCCCCUGGACAAAGGAUUCAGGUGCGAGUGUGUCCCUGGCUACAGCGGGAAGCUCUGUGAGACAGACAAUGAUGACUGUGUGGCCCACAAGUGCCGCCACGGGGCCCAGUGCGUGGACACAAUCAAUGGCUACACAUGCACCUGCCCCCAGGGCUUCAGUGGACCCUUCUGUGAGCACCCCCCACCCAUGGUCCUGCUGCAGACCAGCCCGUGCGACCAGUACGAGUGCCAGAACGGGGCCCAGUGCAUCGUGGUGCAGCAGGAGCCUACCUGCCGCUGCCCACCAGGCUUCGCCGGCCCCAGAUGCGAGAAGCUCAUCACCGUCAACUUCGUGGGCAAGGACUCCUACGUGGAACUGGCCUCCGCCAAGGUCCGACCCCAGGCCAACAUCUCCCUGCAGGUGGCCACUGACAAGGACAACGGCAUCCUUCUCUACAAAGGAGACAAUGACCCCUUGGCACUGGAGCUGUACCAGGGCCACGUGCGGCUGGUCUAUGACAGCCUGAGUUCCCCUCCAACCACAGUGUACAGCGUGGAGACAGUGAAUGAUGGGCAGUUUCACAGUGUGGAGCUGGUGACGCUAAACCAGACCCUGAACCUGGUAGUGGACAAAGGAACUCCAAAGAGCCUGGGGAAGCUCCAGAAGCAGCCAGCAGUGGGCAUCAACAGCCCCCUCUACCUUGGAGGCAUCCCCACCUCCACCGGACUCUCCGCCUUGCGCCAGGGCACGGACAGGCCUCUAGGCGGCUUCCACGGAUGCAUCCACGAGGUGCGCAUCAACAACGAGCUGCAGGACUUCAAGGCCCUCCCACCACAGUCCCUGGGGGUGUCACCAGGCUGCAAGUCCUGCACCGUGUGCAAGCACGGCCUGUGCCGCUCCGUGGAGAAGGACAGCGUGGUGUGCGAGUGCCACCCGGGCUGGACCGGCCCACUAUGUGACCAGGAGGUCUGGGACCCCUGCCUCGGCCACAGCUGCAACCAUGGAAAAUGUGUGGCAACUGGGACCUCAUACAUGUGCAAGUGUGCUGAGGGCUAUGGAGGGGCCUUGUGUGACAACAAGAAUGAUUCUGCCAAUGCCUGCUCAGCCUUCAAGUGUCACCAUGGGCAGUGCCACAUCUCAGACCAAGGGGAGCCCUACUGCCUGUGCCAGCCCGGCUUUAGCGGCGAGCACUGCCAACAAGAGAAUCCAUGCCUGGGACAAGUAGUCCGAGAGGUGAUCCGCCGCCAGAAAGGUUAUGCAUCAUGUGCCACAGCCUCCAAAGUGCCCAUCAUGGAAUGUCGUGGGGGCUGUGGGCCCCAGUGCUGCCAGCCCACCCGCAGCAAGCGGCGGAAAUACGUCUUCCAGUGCAUGGACGGCUCCUCGUUUGUAGAAGAGGUGGAGAGACACUUAGAGUGCGGCUGUCUUGCGUGUUCCUAAGCCCCUGCCUGCCACCUCUCGGACUCCAGCUUGAUGGAGUUGGGACAGCCAUGUGGGACGCCCUGGUGAUUCAGCAUGAAGGAAAUGAAGCUGGAGAGGAAGCUAAAGAAGAAGAGAAUAUUAAGUAUAUUGUAACAUAAACAAAAAAAUAGAACUUAUUUUUAUUAUGGAAAGUGACUAUUUUCAUCUUUUAUUAUAUAAAUAUAUCACACCAUCUGCGUAUAUGUACCAUACAUAUAAUGAGUUAUUUUUACCAAGUUUUGUGUUGUGUAUUUGUUGUGUUUUUAAAAACAGCUGUUUAAAAAUUUAAGAAAAAAAUAGACUAAUAAAAAUGCUUUAAAACAAAA